AUGUCAGAUACAUUCCUAGAUAAUUUUAAUGCUAAAUGCACUACAUAUUUCAAUUCAGAAUUCAAUACUCGUUUACUAUCUUCCUCAUCAACAGAUAAGUCAACAGCAUGUGAAUAUUAUUUAGCUGAAUAUCAACGAUGUAUGAAUGAACAAAAAAAUUUUGUCAAUUAUAUUCAUGAACAAAGAAACUUAUUAGAUAAUUUAAAAUCAUGUGAAACAACAAUCGAUACAUUUCUUGAACGUUUGAAAAUUAUACAUGAAUAUGAAUUAAAACAAAAUGAAAUAUUCGAACAAAUUCUACAUGAAUUAACGAAAAUUAAUCCAUCGAGUAAAGAAGAACGUAUUCGACUUUUAGGACAAAUUGAUGAAUUAAUUGCUUCGAAACCAAAAUUAACAGGAAAUAUUACGGAUAAUAAUCCAACAACAACAACAACAACAAAACUCAUGGCUAAAUCAAGCGAUACAUUUAAAAUUAUCUUAUAA